UUACCGAGAGGGAACCGGCCCCGGGGUCCCGUUAACGGGAGGGCACCGGCCUCCGGGACAGGUCCCAGUGUGCCGGUUCCCCGUUACAGGGAGGGAACUGGCACUGGGGUCCCGUUACCGGGAGGGCACCAGCCCCCGAGACCGGCCCCGGUGUCCCUGUUCUCCGUUACCGGGAGGGAACUGUCCCCGGGGUCCCUGUUUCCCGUUACCGAGAGGGCACCAGCCCCCGGGAACGGUCCCGGUUCCCCGUUGCCAAGAGGGAAUCGGUCCCGGGACCCCGUUACCGGGACGAAAACGGCCCCUGAGACCCUUCCUGGGGUCCCGGUUCCCCGUUACCGAGAGGGCACCGGUCCCCGGGACCGGUCCCGGUGUCCCCGUCCUCCCCGGGAGCCCUUCACUGCUGCCCCCCGGUGCCUCUCGGACGCGGUCGCCGGGCAGCCUCAGCCCCCAGCCCGGCUCUCCCCGGUCCCUCUGCUGUCCCGGUCCCCGGUAGAGGCGGGGGGGGCCCGGGCCAUGCCGGGGGCGGGGAUCCCGGCCCUUCUAGCGAUGUAAACCUCCCGGGGGUGGGACUUGGCUGGGUUUGCCCAGGAUACCGGAGAUCCUGGUGCGAGCCCCGGCACCGGGCGGAGGCAGCUGCAAACCGGGAAGCGAGGGACGGGGAUUGUGAGGCCACGGAGCCCCUCACCGGGAGCAGCACCCGCCACACCCGGCCCGGGGCAGGGGGGUCCCCGGUAGCCCCUGCUCACCCUUUGACCCAGGCAAUGGAACCGGAGGCACCGGAGCUCCCGGAGGAGCAAUUCCCAGGCAGUGUCUUCCCUGAUCCCCCCUUCUCCGGCUCGGAUCUGGCCUUCGAGGGCUGGAUGUUCCCCGAGGACGGGCCGCAGGGGAGCAAAGCCGAGGAGCUGCUGCAGCUGAUGGUGAACCCCAACGAGGUCUGCAGCCUGGGUGGCCACCACCUCGCCUCCCCGGGUGGCCACAGCCCCGAGGAUGCCAGCCCGGACCCUCCACGAGCUGACGAGCCCCCCCCAGCCGCCCUUUACGAGGUGGUCUGCGACCUCAGCACCCCCCUGCACGGCAGUGUCGUCUCCAUCCAGCUGGGUGACUGGCUGUGCCCCACGCUGCUCCCCGGCUCCUGCAUCAUCAACGAGCUGCCUGCCCCGCUGCCUGCCCCACUGCCUGCCCCUAGCCUCACGCUUUGCCUGACAGAGGAGGAGAAACAGCUGCUGGCGCAGGAAGGGGUGACGCUGCCCAGCACCCUGCCCCUCACCCAGGCCGAGGAACGGAUCCUGAAGAAGGUGAGGAGAAAGAUCCGGAACAAGCAGUCAGCCCAGGACAGCCGGCGGAGGAAGAAGGAGUACCUGGACGGGCUGGAGAGCAGGGCGGCCGCAUGCUCAGCCCAGAACCAGGAGCUGCGGAAGAAAGUCCAGGAGCUGGAGAAUCUCAACAGGUCCCUGCUGCAGCAGCUGCAGGUGCUCAUCAUGCAGACGUCCAACAAGACUGCCCAGACCGGCACCUGCGUCCUGGUACGGCACGCGGACCAUGACCCCAUGUCCCCCGGCACCGCUGGCUUCCCCCAGCACCGCAUGGUGACACACGCCAACCCUGUCCCUCCCUGGCAGAUCCUGCUUUUCUCCCUGGGACUCAUCCUCUUCCCCAGCUACAGCCCUUUCCGCCGGGGCAGCCGGGAUGGCGACAGGCCCACUGGAGUGAUUUCCAGGAACAUCCUGACACAGGAGGAGGCGCUGGGACCGGACGGAGAAGUCACGUUCCCUGCACCAGGGUGGCUGUGGGUGGAAGAGGCAGGACCUGCAGAGGAAGACAGAGCCAAGGAGGGGCACUGGGAUGGGGGGCCCCCCCUUAGAAUGGAGCUGGGCACCAACUCCUCAGGCCAGGAUGUGGGGGCAGUGAAACGGGGACUCGGGGAUGAGAUGUGACAGGCAACGGAGAGCAGCCCCUGCUGUAGGGCCCAGGAGUUGCCCCGGGGUAGGGGCAGCAGUGGGGGGACACCCAGCCCAGCCUGGGCAGAGGGUGCUGGGUGUGCCCCCCCUCUAGCUCUGUGCCACCGGUGAAUAAACCCAUGCCUGGUUUGCACGCAAACAUAUCAGAGGGUCAG